AUGAGCGGGGCCGAGUGGCCCGAGCCGCCGCAGCCAGGCCGAGGCCGGGGCCGGGGCCGGGGCCGCCUCCCGCUCCCCGGGCCGGGCCUCGGCCUGCGGGCCCCGGGGCUGCCCCCGCCGUCGCCGCCGCCGCCGCCGCCGCUGCUCCUGCUGCCGCCGCUGCUGCUGCUGCUGCUGCUGCCCGAGCCGGGGGCCGGGGCCCCCGCAGGCGCUGCCGCCGAGCGGUUCCCGCUCCCGCUGCCCCCGGCCGUGGGGCCCAGCGUGAGCCUCUACUUGAGCGAGGAGGAGGUGCACAAACUGCUCGGUAUUGAUGCAGAACUUUAUUAUGUGAGAAAUGAUCUUAUUAAUCACUACGCACUAUCCUUUAACCUGCUAGUACCCAGUGACACCAAUUACCUUCACUUCACAUGGUAUGCUAAAUCCAAGGUUGAAUAUAAACUGGGAUUCCAGAUAGACAAUCCUGUGGCUAUGGACAUGCCCCAGGUCAACAUUUCCAUUCAAGGGGAAGUCCCACGCACUUUAUCAGUAUUUCGCGUUGAACUUUCCUGCACUGGAAAAGUAGAUUCUGAGAUAAUGGUACUAAUGCAACUGAACCUGACAAUAAAUUCUUCAAAAAAUUUCACAGUCUUAAAUUUCAAACGAAGGAAAAUGUGCUAUAAAAAGCUUGAAGAAAUCAAAACUCCAACUUCUGACAAAAAUGGCAACAGAACUAUUUAUGAUCCUGUAAAUGCAGCUCCUACCACUUCUACUCGUGUGUUUUAUAUCAGUGUAGGGGUUUGCUGUGCAGUAAUAUUUCUGGUAGCAAUAAUAUUAGCUGUUUUGCACCUCCAUAGUAUGAAAAGAAUUGAGCUGGAUGACAGCAUCAGUGACAGCAGUAGUUCACAAGGUUUAUCUCAGCCAUCUACGCAGACAACUCAGUACCUGAGAGCUGAUACUCCUAACAAUGCAACACCUGUUACCAGCUCCUCAGGUUAUCCUACAUUACGGAUAGAGAAGAAUGACCUAAAAAGUGUCACUCUUAUGGAGGCCAAAGCAAAGGUCAAAGAUAUAGCAAUUUCCAGGGAGAGAAUAACACUAAAAGAUGUUCUCCAAGAAGGAACCUUUGGGCGUAUUUUCCAUGGAAUUUUAAUAGACGAUAAAGAUCCCAACAAAGAAAAACAAGCGUUCGUGAAAACUGUUAAAGACCAAGCUUCUGAAAUUCAAGUGACAAUGAUGCUCACUGAAAGCUGUAAGCUCCGAGGUCUUCACCACAGAAAUCUGCUUCCUAUCACUCAUGUUUGUAUAGAAGAAGGAGAAAAACCUAUGGUGUUAUUGCCAUAUAUGAACUGGGGAAACCUUAAAUUGUUCUUACGACAGUGCAAAUUAGUAGAGGCCAACAAUCCUCAGGCAAUUUCUCAGCAAGACUUAGUACAUAUGGCUAUUCAGAUUGCCUGUGGAAUGAGCUAUUUGGCAAGAAGAGAGGUCAUUCACAAAGAUCUGGCUGCUAGAAACUGUGUCAUUGAUGAUACUCUUCAGGUAAAGAUCACUGACAAUGCCUUAUCUAGAGACUUAUUCCCCAUGGAUUAUCACUGUCUAGGGGACAAUGAAAAUAGACCAGUUCGAUGGAUGGCUCUUGAAAGUCUGGUUAAUAAUGAGUUCUCCAGUGCUAGUGAUGUGUGGGCAUUUGGAGUAACACUAUGGGAACUAAUGACUCUGGGCCAGACCCCUUAUGUGGAUAUUGACCCCUUUGAGAUGGCUGCUUAUCUAAAAGAUGGCUACCGAAUAGCUCAACCAAUCAACUGCCCUGAUGAAUUAUUUGCUGUGAUGGCCUGUUGCUGGGCUCUAGACCCUGAGGAAAGACCCAAAUUCCAGCAGCUUGUGCAGUGCCUCACUGAAUUUCAUGCAGCUCUUGGAGCCUAUGUUUGAAUCCUCUGGCAUAAAUUCCACAGUGGAGCACCAGUGAUUCACUUUGGACUCAGUUAUUAACACUACAUGUAUAAGCAACGCCAAUGGAAGAAGAUACUUCUUCUAAAACACUGUGCCUUAGAAUGCUUUAGUAGCCUGAAGGUUUUUUAAACAGACAUCUUGAUAAUGUUGAGUAUUUUCUAGAUAUCACUUUUUUCUAAGUUGAACUGAGAGAAUUUUUCCAAAAAUUUUUUAUAAAAAUAGAACUGCAAUGGACUUGAGGUGUAGGAUGGAUGGAUGAGCAUUCUUUAAAAAAGAAAAAAAAAACACCUAAAACCCAUGUUUUUAAAAAAGUUUAAACUCAAAUGUUUGGAAUAGCUAUUUUCAUAUUGUUUUUAUUUUGACUUCAUCAGAAUAAUAGUAAAUGAUUCAAUGUAAUUUUUAAAUUGUAUUUCCAUCAAUAACUUUGACAACACUUCUUCAAGAUGAAAUAUUUCUGUUCAGAAAAAAAGGAGUAAUUUAAAAGUAAUGCAUUCUUGUUUACCUUGCUUAUACUUGGUAAAGUAAAAUUGAAGAUAGGUAAACAGAAAAGCUUGAACUGAAUUUCUUUAAAAUAUUUUAAUGCCUUCAGAUAGGCACAAGAGAAGCCCUUGCGUGGAAAAUUUUCAUCCUGAAUUUCUGUGUGGCUAAUCUUUCUAUUGAAAGAUGUCUUUCUUUUUUUUUAAUUUCAAUUUUUUUUUUCAGAGCAGGAGCUAAGGUAAUUAUUGCUUGAAAUGGGCUUAAAUCAGCUUUGUAGAUGGCCAUGUGCCUGGGACCAGUAAUUAUUUCUGUCAGGCCAGUAGUAAACAAUGUUGAUUUUAUUUAUUUUGCUAUCUGAAUACUGCAGAUAGUAAGGUCCGUAAAAGCUAAUCACAUUUCCACAUCUGGUAAACUCUCCUAUGGCACCUGGUAUAGUGCUGUGCACAGAGUUGGUGCUCAAAUAAUUGUGGGCAACAUUGUAGGCUGGUAAAUUUCAUGUUCAUCUUCAAGGCUGGGUUAAGUAUAUAAUUUUGUUUCUUGAAACACUUGAAAAAUUAAAGAAUUUGUUUUAUAGUGUAAUAUUAUCGAAACUCUCAUCAUGGUGAACGUGGUCUAUAUUUCCCCAUCUUUUAUUACUAUGCUUGACCCCAGUUUUAGAGGUAUUUGGACAUUAAAAAGUUAGAAAAAUACUUCACUGUGGUUACUCCUUCCACCAAUGCAGAUUUCAACCCUUCCAUAAAUUAGUAGAUGAUUUCAAAAGUUGCUGUGACCAAAGUUUAGAAAUACAUUUGUUUUAUUCUAUAUGAAUGUUAAAUCUAGAACCCAAAGCCUCAAUAAAUCCUGAAGAAAUCUGUCUUUCAACACUACUAAAUCACUUCUAAUCAAAAAAUUAUUCAUACCCUUUACCAGUUUACUUAUUGUUAUGAGCUGAUACACAUCUAGACAUUUCCUAGCUAAAUAAUUAAGGGAUGUGUACACAUAUGUGGUCAUUUGAUUGGCCUAAGCACAUAAUGAAUGUGACUGGCUGUGCAUUCAUUAAUUUCAUUGUCAUUUUUGUCUUUUAAAAAACAAGUACGUCAUACACAAACUGGUGUUUUCAUUACCCCACCCCGCUUCAGUUAUCAGUUUCUAAACAUUUCCUUAUAUGUAGUUGAAGGCAGCUGUCAUAUUGAUCUAUGUAUACUAAAUAGGGAGAGGUAGAGACAGCCAGAUGAUUUGUAUGCCAUGGCUUGACGAUUCUUAAAGGGACAUGUCCUUUAAAAAAGUGUCUAUGGUUAUAGACCACAUCCCUAACCUGGUCCAAUCAUAUGGCAAAUGCUUGCUCAGUAUGACAAAGGGAGUCAGGUGUAAGAAUGUGGAAAGAUUGUCACCAGACCCAGGACCACAUCUGGAUCAGCAGCUUAAUAACAUAUCUUAUUGUUAAUGAUUCCAUUAAGAUCAUCUUUAUAUACAAAGCACAUUUAUGAGUAAAGCAUGCAAGCCCCUGAAUGGUUAAUUUUGUUCAUCUCUGUUCUUAAACAAUUGAUAAAUUAUGCUCUUAUUCUAAUUAAAAUUUUCGUACUUGGCCACACCAUGUUUUCUUUGUAGGCAUGGUCUGGUCUAAGUCUAGUAUCCCAUUCAGGAUAUGAUUAAAUCAUGAAUAAGAAACAAUGCAUUCAGCAGCCCUGUGAAGGCAAAGUAGUCCAGAAGUGUUCUGCAAGCUACUAGAUCAGAUUGGGUCUUAUCCUUAAUUUUUGAUUUUAAGGAAUUUUAUUUUAAAUCACAAGUUAAAUGCUAUUAUAAUACAAUACAUGAGACAUCUGUUUUCCAUUAUGUGGCUAGAAAUCAUAUUUUCAGUUUAUAGGAGCUUCAGAGAAAACAGUUGACACAUAGUUAUUCAACAACUAAAUUUAACAAAUAUUAAAUGUUUUCUAUGCAAAGCAUUACGUCCACUCUGGGAGAUAACUAUAUAAAAAAUAUGCCACGUUCCCUUGAAGUAGGGAUAGGAUACUAAGAUAAAAUAUAGCAAAGUUCUAGCCUUCAUUACAGUGUAAUUGGGAGAAUGAGAUUUGUUUAAGGCAGACUGUGAAAAAUGCAAGGGAAAGGUCCAAAAAGCAUUAUAGGAAGUUUGAGGGACAAAGCACCUCCUCCCAGAGACAUCAGGAAAGGUUUUGUGUAGAAGGCAGCAGCUGAGUUGGCUGUUGAAGCCAGGGAGGGAUUUCAUCUAUGAGAGGUUGGGAGGUGGGGAUAACAAUUCUAUUGUGAGUCAACUAAUGAAAUGUUCUGAACCAGUGGGGACAUGACCUGUGCAUAUAUAACUUUACUCAACUUUUUGUCUUCAA